UGCGCACCCUCCAUAUCCUCAAGACACAGGGAUCAUAUACAAUGCGAUGACUCACACGGAAAUAGCCGAUUGCCACUCUACGUAGUCAAGAAGAUAUCGGAGAAAAGGACAGUUUGGAAAAACUACUCUACAGCUGACCCACCGUCUCUUCGUGGAGUUGACGGGUUAUAUAACUGGUGUCUAAAGUUUUGCCACGGGCGGCCGACUCUGUAGGAGCGUAGAGGCCGGCGCUAUAGCUUCUCGGGGGCCCCGCAUAAAAUAUGUUAGCUUGAGGAUUAUUAUUCGAGCACAUCACACGUGAAUGAACGCCGGCCCCCAAACUUCACUCGGCGAUUGCAUUUACACUUGGACUGAGCACUGACAGCGAUCUUCGCCCGGCCUAAUUGUCGCCGGCCCAUCAAACCAAUCAAAAGUCUUGUUACAAUUUGAUUAUGAUAAUCACGAGGCAUUAUUGACAAUAAUCAUAAUUCGGACAUGCGCACUGCUGCAUCUUGUAUAUAAAUCAGAAUAUUGUAACUGGGCAAGUUUUGUCAUUCUGCCGGCUGGGUUAGUGGAUCAUGUCGCGUCGAAAGCAGCCUCAUCCAAGACAUCUCGAGUCGGAACUGGAGUUAGCUGCCAUUCUGGAACCCGGUUCUUCAAAAACGAACACUCCAUCACCGACUUCCCCAUCCAGGGAUGACGCUCAUGUCUGCGGACGCUGUAGAGCAGAGUUUUUGGAAUUAGCCGAGUUUCUUGCCCACAAAAAGACGUGCACAAGAAAGCGACUGGUGGUUCUGUUUGACGAGGAGGAAAAUCAGGAGAGAAUGGAAAAUCCAGCGCAACGUCCACGCUUGUCCAACCCAAAUGAUGACGCUGAUAGCACAGGGGAGCGGAACAGCCUGGAAGAUGACAUGGACGAUUCUGUCUCGGAGAAAUCAGACGAUGAAAGCCAGGAAGACAUGCCACCUACCUUAGUGAAUGGUUUGAGACACACUGAAGAGGAUGACGACGAUGAUGAUGAUGAUGAAGAAAAGUUGUUGAACAAGUACAACUCUAUCAUGGACAAAUCCCGACUUGGUACAUUGAAGGCAAACCUACCUCAACUGACAUUGCCUCUGAACCCUUUCCUACAAGCAGACAAUUCCAAUGUCAUGUUGGAACCUUUGUCAACCACAAAGGCUGCUGUGGCCCAGUUUGCUGAGAAUAACUUGCCCUCGUCAGACCUGGCAGUGUUGCAUUCUGCACUCUACAGCUUACAACAACAACAACUUGUCCAGCUUCAACUAAUCCAGCAGUUGCAAGGCCAGCUUCUCUUAGGAAUCAAUUCAUCAGCAAGUGUUAAUGUCCCACCUAUGCCACCCACUCUUACCCCACCCACACCAGGGUCCAUAGGGCCAAUUCCCCCCAUGCAGCCACCGGUGGCUUCGCCCAAUCCCACCGCUGCCACCACACCUGGUCUACCAGAAGGUGGUUCUAACAAUCCCAACCAUGGAAGCAAUGGAAAUCCUGAGGAGAAAAUGGAGGUGGAUGUGUGCAAGAAGGAGAAAUCUUCAUCAUCCACGGCAUCCACACCAAACUCCAUCAAACUUCCGCCAUCUCAUGGUGAACCAAGCAAAAAUCUGGAGCUGCCAUCACAUGAAAACGGCAAAAGUUCAGGUCCUGGUCUUCUUUCCACUUCUUCAUCCCCAUCUUACACAAGCUACCCACAGUUCCGUACAGGUGCUUCCUCAGCCAGAUCCCCCAAUCCAACCUCCCCAGCCAUAGACAAGUCACAGUUUGUAAGCGAUGACCCUUUCUUCAAGCACAAAUGUAGAAUGUGUCAUAAGGUGUUUGGAAGUGACAGCGCCUUACAGAUCCACAUUCGAUCUCAUACAGACUUCUCCUGGCCCUCCUGGUCGAGCAAGGCUUUCCGGAGGCUCCAUUCCUAUCGACUCGGUGAACGGCCGUUCAAGUGUAACAUUUGCGGGAACCGGUUUUCGACAAGAGGUAACCUGAAGGUCCAUUUUUCCAGACAUAAGGCCAAGUACCCUCAUGUUCCAAUGAAUCCUCAUCCAGUCCCGGAGCACCUGGACCAUCUGCCGAAUCUGCCAAAACAGCACCGGUCCCACUCAGUCGGCAGCUCUAUUCCAUCGAGCUCUCACCGCCCACCGUCGACAAGCCACCGCCACCAUCACCCAGCACCACCACCACCACCACCUCCACCUCAUAUGGCACCACGUUCCUCAGAGAUGACCAGUUCCUCAUCCCAUUCCAGCUUGCCCAGUAAAAUACAGCUUCUGGGAGAAUCAAGCUCUAGUCCGGUCGUGGCAAGCCAUCACACACCACGCUCCGAUUCUAGUCCUACUGGCGUGGGCAGUGAAGCUCCACCGCGCACCUCUCCUGACGUGAAGGAAAGUGCUAACACCUCAACCACCUCUCAGGCGAAUUUCCACAGAGACCCGAUCACAUCGCCUUCAGUGUCAGCCUCUAAACUCACCUCUCCCAUCAUCUCCUCCCUCAGCAGCAGCAUUGCUAGCAUGAACAACAUGAUAAUGGCUGGGCCUACCUCAACCCUGCCAAUGUCUCUUGCCAUGAUGUCACCAACCAUCAUGACCGCCAUGCCACACUUCAACCCAAUGCUACCACCACCCAUGGAGCUACCAUUUGUUCCACCGCGGCCAAGUAGCGACGUCCCAGAAGUAAGAGACGAAAACGGAGUAAUCAUGCCCACGAAAACAAUCGAGUCUGGCGAAAAUCUUGAGGAGUACAUGGAGAUUUCCAAGUCAGAAACUUCCAAACUGGAAGCUCUGGUGCAGAACAUCGAGCAGAAGUUAACCGAUCCCAAUCAGUGUGUCAUCUGCCAUCGCGUUCUCAGCUGUAAAAGUGCACUCCAGAUGCAUUACAGAAUUCACACUGGAGAAAGACCAUUUCGAUGCAAAAUAUGCGGGAGGAGUUUCACAACGAAGGGCAACCUCAAAACUCAUAUGGGAGUUCAUCGCGCCAAACCUCCGAUGAGAAUGAUGCACCAGUGUCCUGUAUGCCACAAGCAAUUCACCAACCUGCUUGUUCUUCAGCAGCAUAUUCGAAUGCAUACAAUCGGAACUGGAUCUGAACAUCAUAUGCCCCAGGAAAACCCAUUCCGGGCUCUGGAAUGGACUCCAAGGCCACCGUUCCACGACAACCCUUACGGUUUACCCAGAUCAGGCGAACUUGAUUUGAGCAAGACGUCUCCAUUUCCACCGUUUCAUCCGCCGAAACGAGACCCAGAACAGUUAAUGGAAUUGGAUUUGAGCAAACGCCCAAGCAAGGAAAAAAUGGAGACAGACAAUUGUGAAAAAGAGGCCAUCAAAUCUGAAUCCAAAGAUGAAGACCGCAACGGUGAGUUGAAUACUUCCACGGACAAUAAGGAGAGAUUGCCACAGUCUGACGAUGAAAUCAGUCAGAUGAGCGGACAUCAAGAAGAUGUGGAAGACGAAAAGAAGCAGAAGGUUGAAGAUAGACCUGGAUCCGCCAUGUCAAGUGAAUCUGAAUCCAUGAAAUCUCCAAGUCCAAGAAACUACGAGUCACCCUACGCACCCUACACGUCAACAUUGUCUUUAAGUGGGUACAGUUCAAUGUAUUCCACCUCUCUAGCCGCCCUUGAGGAGAAAGUACGUGCUAUCAAUUCUGUAACAGCCUUCAAACCUAUGGAAAGGCUACAAGAAGCAGAGCUCGCGAAAUCGGACCAUAAUGACAACCGUCCAGCGUCUCCAAGCUCCCAUUCUGAGGGUCGGUUUGACAGAUCGCUCACUACGUCGCCAGUUGGCCGUGCGCCGUCCGAGGCUGGGUCAGUUGGAAGCAAGGAUGACGGAGCCAAGUCUUCUAAGUCCUACGCUGGAUCCAUCUGUUCUGAUGAAGGGUCAAAUAUAUACUUCCCGAUAUUGAGCCCGGGUGGAACAAUGAUGAAUCUCAACCGGCAAAAUGCAGACGGAAAACCCAACACAACUUGCAACAUCUGCCUGAAAACGUUCGCUUGCAGAAGCGCUUUGGAAAUACACUACAGAAGUCACACCAAAGAAAGGCCCUUCAAAUGUGAAGUCUGCGACCGCUGCUUUUCAACUAAAGGCAACAUGAAACAACAUAUGCUAACGCAUAAGAUUAGAGACCUGCCGUCUGAAGCUUUUGCGGAGCAGAAUGGAGAAGCAGAACCUACGGAAGUAAAACAAGAAGACCAGACUAGCGUGAGCAGUAAUCCGGAAACGCCAGCCAACCAUCGCCCAUCGUCCGCAUCAUCCUGUUCAAGCGAAACCCCCUCCCCGUUUGUAAGGCGAGGUGCCCCCAAACACCAGUGCCAAGUCUGCAUGAAGCAUUUCUCCAGCGCCAGCGCCCUGCAGAUACAUAUCCGCACUCACACUGGUGACAAACCUUUCAAAUGCACCGUUUGUGGAAAGGCGUUUACCACGAAAGGUAAUCUGAAAGUUCAUAUGGGCACCCACAUGUGGAACAAUAGUCCAUCCCGACGCGGUCGCAGGAUGUCAAUCGAGCCACCAUUCAUGUUUAGCCCGAAAGAAAAUCCUUUUUUGGCCGCCGCUGCUGCUGGAGCAUUCCCGCACAGGUCUCCAGAUUUCUUCUUCCAGUACCCACCACCAUUUCUUAAUGGCAUGUCUCCCAAACUAAACGAAAUAUCCGUGAUUCAGAGUCUAAACGGAGGUUUGGGUCACGCCGGGCCGAUUCCAUUCGUCUCUCCGAUGACCUCGCCAGUCUCGAAAGAAGAGAACCACAACGAUGCUCGCACGACCAACAGAGAACGCCAACAUUCUGGUGAGAAACGCCAAGAAGAAUCCAGCGAAGGCGAUGAGAAUGUGAGAGUCUCUAGUUCUGGUGAACUCGAUCUCAGCAUGAAAUCCUCCAAUUCCUCCGGUACCUCGUCGGUGUCGCCACCGCCCACCAGCGCUUCCCCAGCGAGGGAAGACGUGCAUGAGUCCCGGGCUCAUUCGGACAUGUCUCCAUGGCUGUGGAAAAGCACAUGUCACAUCUGCAGCUUUGUCUGUUCCUCUCCUACGGCGCUCGACCAUCAUAUCAGAUCCCAACAUUUCCGUGAGGAGGCACCUGCCAAGAUGGUAGCGUGACCUAACGUGAGGGUAACUAGCAUAUCUGUGUAGGAGACAGUACACAAUUUCAUUGUUGUGAAGAGAAAACUUUUACUGUGGGACCUCAUGAUCCGACACUUGAUUUUACACUGCAUUCUACCUAAGGCAUUCCAUGCACCAGGAACCCCUUCAGGACGUUGUUUGUGGUGUCUAUAGUGUUGUUCGUUUUGUCUGGACUAGCCCACUGUUUAUGUUAGACAAUGAGAAUAUAUAACACACCUGUGCUGUGGGACAAAGGAAUGAAACACUGUGUUGUACUUCAAAGCUUUAAUUAUUAUAUCAGAAAGCUCUGUUAUGUAGUGCAAAAUAACAGGAGGGAAUAGAAAAAUGACCUUGAUCUCAAUUGGUGCGACGUGGAAUACGAACUAAAAUAGUCCCGAGGUUGUAGACAACCCUGUAAUUUGUGGAUUUG